AUGCUCAGACAAAAGAAAAAUAACAAUGGCACAAGUAAGAGAAAUUCGAUGUUCUUGGAUUCUUUCUUUCUAGGAGAUCAUUCCAAAACCAACACAGAUGUCCACAGCAGCAGAUCAAAACAUACAAGUAGCAUACAAACGAAGAAUAUAUCACAGCCAACUCUGAAAUCAUCAAGUAGGAUAAAACCGCUGAUGAGUACCCCACUGAGAAAUGGAGAUAGCAAAGACAUGGGAAGAGGUAGAUUACAAAGAAGUAGUAUGGUUUUGGACAACAAUAUGGUAAGAGAUUAUAAUCUAGCGCUAAAGCAUUUGGACACAAUCGCAACUGAUGAGAGUGAGCAAACUGGCAAUAGUGAUACGAACUCUAAUAGUUCUCUGUCUGUUUCUGAAAAGAGCGGAACAUCAUCAAUAUUUUCCACAAAAGAUACUUCACAAUAUAGAGAAGCUGAACUUGACCUACAGGCUCUUAUGUUUGAAGAUUGUAUAACUGACGAAGAAAACCUUUGCGAUGAGGUAAUUAUUAUGGGAAAAAAUAAAUCUUUGAUUAAGAUAUAUGAUAACAUAAACAGGAAAAAGAUAGAAGAUCAGCUAAUAUUAGAUACUACUGAGUUUGGCAAUAUAAUAACACAAAAGACAUUCGAUACUUCAUAUAAAAGGUCAAACUUGGAAUUUUAA